CUGCCGCCAAGUCUGGGGCUGCUUUGUUUUUUCCUGCACGUCGCCCGUAUUCACAUGUGACACUUUCUAGUGACGCGGAUACUCUUUGUGAAUCGGGAGAAUCUCUACCCUUGCAUCCUUCGCGUGAGAUGUCGUUUGGAAACCGACGCAGCGUUCCUGACUCCAGGAAAACUUCCUUCGAAAACCUCGAUGUUUGAUUUCGCACGCCUAAAGUACAGCUACAGCCAGACCCCAGACAAAGCGAAAGUGGGAAGCAGCUGCAUCACUAGCGGGUAUUCAGAUGAAGCAAGGAGUGUUCAUGCUGUCCGUGUAUGCUCCUCGCAAGUCACCGAUAAUGUGUACCUGGAUGAGAACAUCAUGGAAGUGCAACUUGGAUUGACACAAAAAAGGAAACUUGUUCCGACAGUGUUCCACGAACAAAGCGAGCCAGCAACUUCGACACUGCAGGCAGCUCGACAGGGUCAAGCGCAAGUGAAGGACCAGGUGCUGCUGAUCCAAGUCCCAUCCAUCCAUGAAACGGCAUCAAACAAUGAUAUUCCAGAACAGUGCUUGCUUCAUCCAAGUUCAAGAAGUAAAGAGAAUGACUUCAUGGCUUCUACUAACACCUCACAGCUACAUGCCAAGACAAAAUAACUUGAAAGAAGGAAAUGAAAAACAAAGAAGAAAAAAGGUCCUUUCCAGGUCCACCCAAAUCUUUGUGCAGAGGCUAACAACAACAACGUUAUUGUGAGAUGAUGAAUGAUGCUGAUGCAGCGUUGAAAUUAACCCCUUGUUUCCUUCUUUGCAAUGGUAUACAUUACUGCUGGUUAAAUGCAAAAUAAUGCACCUACCUCCAGACAUUAAAGGGGCUACCAGAGGUGUAGUGUCAAUGCAACAGAAAAGCUGCAUGUUCUACGAGGCACUGUCACAUAAAUAUUGGCCAAAUUUGCUGUCCAGUGAGCUUUGAUAGGAUAUGCCAUAGACAGUAAGAGGCCUCUUACUGUAAAAGGGGGGUGCAUUAUUCGACUAGUGGGGUCUGAGGCAUGAGGGUCAUUUCAUGAUGUACUAACCUUUCCAAAAUUUUACACUUGGUUGUGCCCAGAGAUCGAUCCAGAUCCCCCCCCCCCCCCCAACACCCCGAGUUUUUUUCCUGUGUACCACUGUGAACACAGAAUUUUAGAUUUUCAUUGCAAUUGAAGUACUUACGAAACUUUUUUGUGUUUUUUUUUGUGAGUGUGUUUUUUUUUUGUGAGUUUUGUGAGU